AUGGACACGCGAAAGCCAUACAACGGCACACGGCGUGCCCUCGUACUCGCUUUCGAUGUAGGCACGACCUUCAGCGGCGUAUCCUACGCCAUUCUCGAACCGGGAGAUAUACCCAAGAUCCACGGGGUUACGCGAUUCCCGGGCCAGGAGUCCGUCGCUGGCAACUCCAAGAUCCCGACCAAGGUGUACUAUGACAAGAAGGGCCACAUGAAGGCCGCUGGAGCAGAAGCCGACGCCCCCUCGCUUGCCGAUCUCGCUGAAGAUGAGGGGUGGCUCAAAGCCGAGCUGUUCAAGUUGCGCCUACGACCGAGAUCUAUGAAGCUCAAGAUGAACGGCAUGCGGCUGCCUCCGCUACCCCACAACAAGAGCGCGACGGACGUGUUUGCAGACUUCCUUGGAUACCUCUUUAGGUGUACCCGCACAUUUCUCAUCGAGACGCAUGCGAACGGCCAGGCGCUAUGGGAUAACGUCGAACGUCAUCUCCAGUUCGUGCUCUCGCAUCCCAACGGCUGGGAAGGCGCACAGCAGAGCAAGAUGCGCCGUGCUGCUGUACUUGGUGGACUCAUUCCAGACACGGACGAGGGCAGGUCCCGUGUGCGUUUCGUGACGGAAGGCGAAGCAAGUCUGCACGCGUGUGUACUCAACGGUCUCGCGAACGACGUGCUGCAGAACCCCUCUGGCCACGGGUUCCUCGUAGCAGACGCCGGUGGCGGAACGCUCGACAUCAGCUCCUAUGCAGUACGCGGAACGUCACCACUCGUAAUGGAGGAGAUCGCGCCACCUGACUGUGUCUUUGCCGGCUCGAUAUUCGUCAGCAGGAGAGCACGCGAGUUUCUGGAAGUGAAACUCAAGGACUCGAAAUACGGCAAGCAGGAUACUCUUGACCAUAUCACACAACGGUUCGACGAGACGACCAAGCGUCUCUUCCGCGACAAGAAGGAGCUCGCCUACAUCCAGUUCGGCUCACCGCUCGACAAGGACCUGGCUGUCGGUAUUCGUCAUGGUCAGCUCAAACUCACAGGGAACGAGGUGGCGGCGUUUUUCGAGCCGUCAAUCGAGGCUGCGGUGGAGUCAAUAAAGGCACAGAUAGAGUCUACUAAAGGCGUGGUAAAGUCCGUGUGGCUCGUGGGCGGCUUCGCGAAUAGCGCCUGGCUUUUCACUCAGCUACAGGAGCGCCUAUCUACUAGUGGUGUCGUCGUGAGCCGACCCGAUAGCGCGACCUCGAAAGCCGUGGCAGAUGGUGCUAUCGGCUUCUACUGCGACCAUCAUGUCUCUGCGCGCAUGUCCAAGCACAUGUACGGCGUCGAGUUCCUGCGUGAGUAUGACGAAUCAGACCCAGAGCACGUUACUCGCAAGGACAGGAUGUGCGAGUUGCCCUCCGGCCCGAGGUUACUUGCCGAUGCCUUCGACUGCAUUCUUGCGAGGUCCGUCCGCGUAAAGGAGUCGACAACCUUCGUACGCAAGUACUGCACUGAGGUCACCAGCCUCUCAACUCUCUCCGUCUUCGAAGUCGAAAUCUGGUGCUAUCGUGGACCCGGCUCGACCGUGCCGAAAUGGAUCAACCGCAACUCGGAAGACUUCUCCACGCUCUGCGUCGUGCAGGCCGAUCUGUCGCCCCUGGAGAGCUCUGCACAGCCUAGAAGCGGACGCGGUAACAAGACGUACUGGACGAUCGUGUUCAGCGUGGAGAUUCAUUUCGGAUUGACAGAGUUCCGCGCAAGGAUCAAAUGGGUGGACAGCGGCAAGACGCGAUAUGGUCCCGCGACGAUCGUGUACAACGAAAGCGGUGUGCGCGGUGACGAAGAUGACUACGAAGGCGCACCAGACGCACCGGAGGACGACACAGUACACAGUCAGGAUCGAUUUCAGUAUUCAAGACAGACCUCGAGGGCGCCUUCGCGUGAUGAAUCCCAGCCCACCCCGAUCGCCGAACAGCAGGUUCCAGUAGCUGUCCCGCCCAUGCAGGGCUCUACGCGCACGGGGCGCACACGCUCUGCUGUACCUUCCGCUGCACCGACUACAAGCUCGCGCGCGCCCGGUACAACACGCUCGCGUGGCAUCCCGCCCGGCAUCGAUAUCCCGACUCCCGGCCCGAUCAGCCCGAGCACCUCCUCUGGUUCGGCUGGACGCCGUAUCGGCGAGCAGCUCAAGGAGGUGUGGGGAAGCGUGCCGACGACGCCGAGCACCGUGCGAUCACCUACCGACCAACAACCUCCCGUCAGCGUCGCAGCGACUCUUGCGCCCGUCCAAGAGGAGGGUGGCUCGCGCAGCCGUGGGGUCCCGACGCCUCGUGUACCCUCGCCACAACCAUCCCAGCCACCCGCACCCGUCUCCGCAGUUCCUUCGAAGGCGCCGUCUCAGAUCUACGCCUCUGCCGUACCAAGCAGACCAGGUUCAGCUGCUGUCCCGAGCCGUCCACCUUCAGUACCAGCUGUUCCGAGCGCGCCCCGCUCGCAGAUCUAUGCAAACGCUGUGCCGUCGCAAGCUCCCUCGAUCAGCGUCGAGCCUCCACCGGCGCCGGGAUCGGCUGUACCCUCAAGAGCAGGCUCUCAGAUCUACGCGAACGUCCCGUCCAACGCGGGCUCGCAGCGCGGCGGCGUGCCUUCGAAGCCACCAAGUCAAAUCUAUGCAUCCGUCCCAUCACAGGCAGGCUCCGUCAAUGCGCCACUGCCCGCGCCGCCUUCGGGUGGUCACUCGCGCACUCCGUCGCGCUUGGGUAGCCAAGUUCCAACGCGCGCACCAUCGGCCGCCCAAGACGCUCCACCCGCGGUCUCGCGAGGCUCGCCCUGGGGUUCGAAGGUCCCGUCUCCCAUGGUCAGUAGAGCGCCCACCGCCACUCGCUCUGCGUCGCCUGUACCUCCACCCCCCGGCGAGGAGCAGACUCUUGAGUCCAUCACGGAGGCGCCGCCCGUGCCGCCUGAGGCUGAACCUGUAGUCGAGGUCCCCGCUGUCGAACCAGAGCCCGUCCCUGAAGCAGCCGCAGAGGAACUCGCUGCCGAGCCUGAGCCUGCUCCUGAGCCUGAGCCCGAACCCGAGCCGAAGAAACCGUCGAAGCCGCUCACAAAGGCCCAGCAGCGCAAGCUCGAGCGGGAGCAGAAGGCCGCGGCUGCAUUGGCCAGCAAGCAGGCGAGCAAAGCUGGCACACCCGUGGCGAGCAAGUUGCCGACGCGCGCACCUUCGCCGUUGCCCGAGGAGCAGGCGGCACCCGAAGUUGCCGAGCCGCCCGCACCCGAACCGCCCGCCGAGUUACCGCCUGUCGAAGAGCCCAUCAGUCAUGGCGGCAUACCUGGUGGUUUCGGCGAUGAGGACGAUGGCCCGCCGCCGCCGCCGCCACCUGCACCGGAACCAUUGCCUGAGCUUGCUGCCGAGCCAGAGGUACAGGAGCAACCUCCUGCACCUCCUGCGCCGGCGUGGGGUUCUGCUGCGUCUAGGGCGGCGUCGAGGCCUGGUUCGAAGGUGCCAAGCGUUGCUCAGAGCAGGGCGCCCGCGAGCAAGUGGGGAUCGGCGGCCCCGAGCGUGCGCGCCGCAUCUCCGGUUCCACCCCCACCCGAGAAGUCACCAUCACCGCAACCAAAUGCAGAUGCCGGAAUUGGUCUCCCGUCAUUCUUGAAUGCCUCUCCGGGAGAGGAGAGCGGCGGGUUCGGUCUUGGUGGACUGCUGGGCGGCGCGGCCAAGAAGGCGUCUGGAUGGGGCUGGGGAGGCUUCGGCGGCGGUGCGAGUGGUCAGACGAGCCCGAAUCUUCCGCCGGAGGUGCCGAAGAAGAAGAUCGACACUGCCUGGGGAGCUGCUGCUGCUGCACCUGCCUCUACUGGGGGCAGCGCGUGGGGCACCGCCAACGAGGCGGAGAAGGCGCCGAAGAAGAAGAUGGACAGCGCAUGGGGAACCGCUGCUGCUACACCCGCGGCUCGCGACAGCGCGUGGGGCGGUGGCGGAGACCAAGAAGAGGAGAAGGCGGACGAAGGAUGGGGCUUCGGCGGCGGUAACAAGAGUAAGGGCAAAGGCAGCGCAUGGGGCGCAAUGUCAAAUAACAACAACUCUGGGUCUCUUGGUGGGGCAGGUUGGAACGACACCACCAGCUUCUUCGAUACCCUCGGCUCUGAUCCGGCCCCUGUUGCUGAUGGGUUGCACCUCGACACGACUGCGGGAGCGGGGAGUGGCGAACAGGCGCCUAUAUCCGCUGUUCCUUCGUCUGCAUUGACAGACAACUUCUCGCGUCUGACGACGCCUCCGGGCGAACGGGCUGAUGGCGGCGAGGAACCGCCGGCGCCAGAGCCAAAGGAAGAUGAGAAGAAGGAAGAGGAGGAUGAUGACUGGUGGAACGACUCGAAGAAGAAGAAGAAGGGCGGCAAGGGAGUGGCAGGAGGAGCAAACACUGGCGCUGCGAACACGGGCGCGAGUACCCCGGCGACUCGGGGCGGCAAGGGCAAGAAGGGCAAGCGCUGA